AUGGCUCUUAUCAGCUGCUCCGCGACGGCUCUUGCCCUCGUCGCUGCUGCCGUUGUCGCACCAUGGACCACCAAGGAUGCGCAGACUCGCCCAUCGCCACUCGAUCUGGAGGUCAUUCGACGCGACUACCCAGAGCAUCGCGAGUUUGCCGAUAGCGUGCUGCCGCUUGCCGACAAGAAGCAACACCAUUCGUCGCCGCAGGUGCCCAAGCGCGCACGGAGCGACGACGACGAACAGCCGGAACCGAAGCGAACAAGGACUGAUGCUGGUGGUGCCGAGAUGGAAAAGAUGAGGGCGGAUAUGGAUGCUCUCCGGGCUGAGAAUGAGCGGCUCAAGACUGAGAACGAGCAGCUUAAGGCUGAGACUGAGAGGCUCAGGAAUGCCAGUCGCACUUCUGCUCCUUUCGUCAAGAAAGAGGAAGUCGACGAGCAUGAUUUCAACGCUCUUAGCGAAGAGUUCGACAGACUAGUUGAUGAAGAGCUUGCUCGAAUAACAGAAAUAGCGCAGCAGCGCAUCAUCCACUUGCGAAAGACAAUUGCCUAUGGCAAGACGCAGCCCAAGCGAUUCUUGCCCCAUUUCCUACAGAAAUGGGAGGAGGAGAUUGCCAGCCUUUUGCCGAUCGCCAAUCCUUUGCCGGCGUCGCCAAACCCAGAGACGAGUGCCGCUCCUGGGAAGGAGGAAAAGAAGGUUGCCGAACUGAGCGGAAGCCUGUGGGUUCCCAAGAGUGCUCUCAUGAAGAAGUACUUUGGAAACGAAUUGCCGCUGCCACCUUCGAGACCAUCAAUGUCUCUUCCUCCACAGACCCCUGCCCCUGCCCCCCCUGCCCCGGCCACGACCAACGAGAGGGAAACAACUGCCGGGCCCAUCAACGGCCUGUCGAGAGCCGACGCUCACCGUGCCGCGAGGGAUUCCUGGUACAAGGAGCAUGGCCUGGAUCCCAACGAUGAGAUCAGCGGGUGGAAGUACGCGGAAUUCCGGCGACGUGGGGGAAGAUGA